AAAAUAUUACCUUGUCUUCCAGCAAUGCUUACAAAAUUGUCAAUUCAGACGUGCCCACUGCUUAUGUUUGUCUCCAAAAAUGAGCUCGACCAGCAUGGUUCGAGGGGAAAUAUAAUGAAGACAGAGGACCUGGCAUCUAAACUUGCAUCAAUGUGGGAGGUCAAUUCAGGAUUUAAUAUUACGGAAGUACUUGUAGAGGACUAUUCAUCCCUGAAGCAGUUGACAACGCAGAUGGGUGAUGAUAUAUCACAACAUCUUCAAAUUAUUGAAAGUGGCCUAGAGGAAGGAGGAGAUAUAAUAUCAGACAAAGAAAAUAUGAUCAAGGCAUGGCUUUUUUGCCAUGAGCAGAGGAUAAGAGUCCUUUAUGGAAGGACCAUGGAGCUGCCACUGGUUGUACCAUUUGGACUUGUUGGUCUUGUUCUUUCUUCAUGAGAUGAAGCUUUAGCUAUUUGCCUUGGUGGCCUCACUUCAUUUACAAGGUUAAGACUGGAAUAUAAUAUGGCAUUAUCUGCACUUCCAUCAGAAGAGGUGUUUGAGCAUUUGAUCAAGCUUGACUGGUUGACUAUAAGAGGUUGUUGGUGUCUCAGAUCACUGGGGGGCUUAAGUGCUGCUCCAUAUCUUUCCAGAUUUUAUUGUAUUGAUUGCCCUUCUUUAGAUCUGGCACGUGGAGCAGAAUUUAUGUCAUUCAACCUUGCUGGAGAGCUCCACAUAUGUGGCUGCAUUCUUGCAGCUGAUUCAUUCAUUAAUGGCUUGGCACACCUGAAAUCUCUUAUCAUUAUGUGUUGCAGAACCUCCCCGUCCUUAUCGAUUGGCCACCUGACCUCCCUUGAAUCAUUAGAUCUAAUUCAUCUCCCCGAUCUGUGCUCUCUUGAAGGCUUGUCUUCCUGGCAACUUCAAUACCUAAGUUUGAUAGAUGUUCCAAACCUUACUACCAAGUGCAUCUCACAGUUUCGUGUCCAGCAAUUGCUCGUCGUUAGUAGUUUCGUACUGCUCAACUUGAUGCUCAAGGCUGAAGGGUUUAUAGUCCCACCGAACCUUAUUCUUCGUUAUUGCAACGAGGCGUCAGCUUCCUUUGGAGAAUGUGCAAAUCUCUUAUCUGUCAAGCACCUGUACUUUUGGCAAUGCAAAAUGGAGUUCCUGCCAGGAAAUCUAAAAUUUCUCUCAAGUCUGGAGAGUCUUGAUAUCCGCCAUUGCCCCAACAUAACAUCUUUACCAGUUCUUCCAUCCUCCCUCCAGCGCAUAAGUCUAUAUGGUUGUGACGACUUGAGGAAGAACUGCCGAGAGCCUGAUGGAGAAAGCUGGCCACAGAUUUCACACAUCCGCUGGAAGCACUUCGAUUAAUAUUGCCACUUGAAAGAAAUGAGAGAAGACACCUCGUGGUGACCCCAACGCCGCUGCGCCCUCGUCUCUGCAGACUCACCACCCAGCUGAAGUCGAUCAGAAGCCGAUCUGUUGGUGAUGCCGUCCCCUUGGUUCUCUGUUUGGCGACCCUCCACAGUCCACGGUUGGUACUUGCGAGGAACGCAGGUGGUUCCAUUUAUAUCAUUUCACUUGUACUGUUAUUCCUUGAUUAUGAAUAAUGGGCCUUGCUAUGGUACAUCUAAAAAACUAUGAACCGUCGAUCUGAAUAGCAAUUGUCAAAUAUUACCUCAGAAGGAAAAUACCUUCGUAUUAUGUAUAUAAUAUGCAUGCAUGAU